AUGUCCUCCGUGCUAAGCGCUAUAUCUCGCAGCUGGUCAACAAAAUGAUUAUUUAACUAAACUUAAUCCUCUUUAUAUCAGCGCCAAUAACACCUUAUCCUUUACGAACUUCACAAACACGCCCGUGAAAUGCAACUGAGGCAUCUGAAGACGCUUUUAACCCCGCAGGAGACUGCUGCCAAAGUGACAUGUCUGGCCUGGGCCCCCAACAACACCAAGUUCGCCGUGUGCACCGUUGACCGAGUGGUGCUUCUGUACGAUGAACAGGGAGAGAAGAAAGACAAGUUCUCCACCAAACCUCUAGACUCCAAGUAUGGAAAACACAGCUAUACAGUCAAUGACAUGGUGUUCUCACCGGACUCCACAAAGAUCGCCAUCGCCCAGUCUGACAACAUCAUCUUUGUCUACAAGAUCGGAGAGGACUGGGGGGACAAGAAAACUAUUUGCCACAAGUUUGUUCAAACGAGUGCUGUGACCUGCGUGCUUUGGCCUGCAGAACAUGCGAUUGUUUAUGGAUUAGUGGAAGGCAAGGUUCGGCUUGCCAACACUCAGACCAACAAGUCCUCAACCCAGUACAGCACCGAGUCCUGUGUUGUCUCACUGGUUUCAAAUGUUUCUGGUAAAGGCAUCCUGUCUGGCCACGCUGAUGGGACAGUCGUGCGCUACUUCUUUGAUGAUGAAGGCUCGGGGGAGUCUCAGGGUAAGCUGCUGCUGCACCCAUGCCCCCCCUACGCCCUGGCCUGGGGUACAAACAGCAUCAUGGUGGGCGGCUGUGACAAGAAGGUGGUGGCUUACAGCCGAGAGGGUCACGUCCUGCAGACCUUCGACUACAGCCGAGACCGGACGGAACGAGAGUUCACUGUAGCCGCCACCAGCCCGAGCGGGCAGUCCGUCGUGUUCGGCAGCUAUGACCGGCUGCGGGUGUUUAGCUGGACUCCCAGAAAAGGAGUGUGGGAUGAAGCGAAGCCCAAAGAGAUCCAAAACCUCUACACGAUCACCGCGCUGGCCUGGAAGAAAGACGGAUCACGCCUCUGUGCGGGAACACUGUGUGGAGGAGUGGAGCUGUUUGAUUGCUGCUUGCGGAGAAGCAUCUAUAAAAACAAGUUUGAGAUGACCUACGUCGGCCUGAGCCAGGUGAUGGUGAGGAACCUCAGCACAGGAACCCGUAUCGUCCUGAAGUCUUAUUACGGUUAUGAGAUCGAAGAGGUGAAGAUCAUGGGCAAAGAUCGCUACCUGGUGGCUCACACAUCUGAAACUCUACUGCUGGGAGACCUGCUGACCAACAACCUGAGCGAGGUGCCUUGGCCCGGCUCUGGAGGAAACGAAAAGUUCUUCUUUGAGAAUGAAACAGUGUGCAUGAUCUUUAACGCCGGGGAGCUGAGCCUGGUGGAGUACAGCAACAAUGAGAUCCUGGGUUCGGUCAGGACGGAGUUUAUGAACCCUCAUCUGAUCAGUGUCCGGAUAAAUGAGAGGAAGCAGAGAGGAGUUGAAGACAACAAGAAGCUGUCAUAUCUGAUCGACAUAAAGACGAUCGCUAUCGUGGACUUGGCCGGGGGCUACAAUCUGGCAACCAUCAGCCACGACUCCAAGAUCGACUGGCUGGAGCUCAAUGAAACCGGACGCAAACUGCUGUUCAGGGACAAGAAGCUGCGGCUCCAUCUGUACGACAUAGAGAGCGGCGUGAAGGCCACGCUGCUGAGCUUCUGCUCCUACGUGCAGUGGGUGCCCUGCAGUGACGUGGUGGUCGCACAGAACAGGGGGAGUCUCUGUAUCUGGUACAGCAUCGACAGCCCCGAGAGCAUCACCAUGUUCCCCAUCAAGGGAGACAUUGUGGAUCUGGAACGAGCUGACGGGAAGACGGAUGUGAUCGUGACAGAGGGAGUCAACACUGUGACUUACACUCUGGAUGAAGGCCUCAUCGAGUUCGGCACUGCAGUGGAUGACGGGGAUUACGACAGGGCCACAGCAUUCCUUGAGACUCUGGAGAUGUCAUCAGAAACUGAAGCCAUGUGGAAAACACUCAGCAAGCUGGCUCUGGAGGCUCACCAGCUUCACAUUGCUGAAAGGUGUUUCGCUGCCUUGGGAGACGUCUCGACUGUACGUUUCCUCAACCAAACAAACCAGAUCGUUGACAAAGUUUCUCAGGAAAUGGGAGGAGAUGGAACCGAGUUUUUCCAGGUCCAAGCCCACGUUGCAGUGCUGGAUAAGAACUUCAAACUAGCUGAGAUGCACUACCUGGAGCAGAACGCCAUUGAUGAAGCUAUAGAGAUGUACCAGGAGCUCUACAUGUGGGACGACAGCAUUGCUGUGGCGGAAGCUAAGGGCCACGCAGAGCUGGACAGCCUCCGUGGGAACCGCUACCAGUGGUUAAUGGAGACGGGUCAGGACGAGAAAGCGGGCGAGGUGAAGGAGAGCGAGGGUGACUUUCAGGGAGCCAUCAACCUCUACCUGAAGGCCGGACUGCCCGCUAAAGCCGCCCGCCUUGCCAUCAGCCGGCCGGAGAUCAUCAACAACAGUGACACCGUCGGCCGCAUCGCAGCCAGCCUCAUCAAGGGGGAGUUUUACGAGAGGGCAGGAGAUCUGUACGAGAAGAUCAGGAACAACCAGAGAGCUCUGGAGUGCUACGUCAAAGGAGGAGCCUUCAGGAAAGCGGUGGAGCUGGCUCGCCUCGCUUCCCCUGCUGAGGUGGUGAAACUGGAGGAGGCCUGGGGAGACUACCUCGUCCAGCAGAAACAGAUGGACGCCGCCAUCAACCACUUCAUUGAAGCCGGCUGUUCACUGAAAGCCAUCGAGGCGGCCAUCGCAGCCCGACAGUGGAAGAAGGCCGUCCACAUCCUGGAGUUACAGGAGGAUUCAGCCGCGGGGAAAUACUACCUAAAGAUAGCGCAGCACUACGCCUCGAUGCAGGAGUAUGAGGUGGCAGAGCAGCUGUUUGUGAAAGGAGGUCACAUUAAAGAUGCCAUAGACAUGUACACGGCAGCAGGACGCUGGGAGGAGGCUCAUAAG